AUGGAUAAUACACAUCCUGAGAAAGCAAAACCUGAUCCUGAUAAGAAAGUUAAUCGAAGAUCCAUUUCAAGGUACAGAGGUAGGAAGCGUAGAACUCAUUGGAAAACCAUGCAGAAUAAAAAAGAAGUUAAAAAAAACAUUGCUUUACCAGCUUCAAGUUUGCCUGUCAUUUUGCCAGUGAAUUCUCCCGAAGACUCUACGAAAGACCAGAUUAAGACUGAAACCGUACAUGCUGAUGACGAUAGUCAAAAACUCUAUUCAACUCGUAGGGGCAAGGGGCGCAGGCAAAGGGUUGUGAAUGCAAAUUUGAGUAAAGCCAGUCAAGCACAAGACCCUUUAAGUUUGACAACGGAAACUAUAGAAGAUCAAAGUUCCUCAAAAAGAGAUUGGCGGUCACUUCCAAGGCGCAAAAGAUUGUGGAAUACGGAUGCCAAUCUAAAACGGUCUUUGAGAUCAGAUGCUGUAAAGAAUGAUGAGGAGACUAUAUUGAAUAUACAGCACAAUGAAACAAAACAAAACACACCCAAGAGGAAGAUGGAGGGAAUUAACUUGAAGGAACGAUAUGGUCUAAAGACUAUAAUCACAAACUGUGGCAGAGUCUUUGUCCCACAUGGUUCAGAUGUUGAUAUGGAAUCUAGAAAAAAGGAGAAAAAUAAUGUUGAGAUGAGCAUUGACACAAAUGCAGAAACUAUUUCUCCUGUGGAGAACAAUUCAAAGCAAAAUAAAAACAAAGAAUCAGUGGAAAUUAAGGGAGAGUCUCCCUUGAAGGGUAAGGAAGAAUUGCCCUUUAAAAAUCCACUGGCCAAUCACGACGAAGACUCAGACAGCACUUCUAACGACAUGCCAAGUGCUCUCUUGUCAGCAUUAAGGAUAUUGAGGAAACUUCACAAAACCCAUCCAUCAGAAAUUGACAAAAUUCAGGAUGCAUGUCCAGAAAAGUCCAUGAAUGCUGCAUCAGACAAGGCUGUAUGUGUCCAACAGAUUAACAAAGAACAUCCUGUUGCUGUUCAAGCAGAUGCAACUUCCAGUGUUUCCGGAGUUUCCGACCAUUCCACGCCCCCAGACCCAAAAGUGUCCUCUCCUGACAAAAUCAAAAAGAAAAAACAUGAUGUGUACAGUGCAAUAUCUAUAAGCAAAUUGAAGACUGUUCUCAGAAGGGGAAAGAGGGCGAAAUCUCCUUCCACUGGUGACAUUUCAAAAUCUGAGCCAAAUAAUCCAGAGCCAGAGUCAAAGAAAGGAAAACUGGGCACCAUUGUGGAUCUCAAGUGUGAUACAGCCCAAAAUGAGCUGACAGACACAGAAUCGCAACCCAUAAAUGAUGAGGCACAGCACACGUCAGUGAAAGGUGCAGAGCUGACAAAACAACCUGUAUCUUGGAGAGGUCUUAUUCACAAUGCAUCAAAAGAAAAUGGGUCCCUCAAUUUUGACACAUCAGCACCUUUUGAAAUAGCUAAACACGCUGACAUACCUUCGCUUAUUGGGGAUAGGGUGGGAAAGAGAAGAAUUAGCACUGAUGGCAAAGCCAGUGCAGAGAGACUGAGCAUGGGUGCAUCUCAGCCCUCAGAUGCUUUGAGUUUACUGGCUGACUUGGCCCUUGGCGCAAGUAACGAUAAAAUGUUAACAAGCUUAGAAGCCAAAGCUGACCAGGAGACCCUUGAUGGAGUGAGGGCUAGUGGCUCCACAGAGUCAGUCCUUCAUGCACUUCUUCGUUAUCCAUCCACCAGAUUUAAAUUACCCCCCAGGUCUCCUUUCCCAGAAGGUCUUUUAGUGACUGGGGAACUGAUUUUGGAAAUAUCAAAAGAACAUUCUUACUCACAGCCCACCUCUCCGCUGUCAGGUUUGUCAGGUCCAUCUCCCAAGGUUUCUUCUCCAUCUGGAAGUGUAGAAUCGCCUCUGUUCUUGAAAACUGGACUUCAUCUGAACCUACCCAAAGAUGCUGUGGUCUCAUGUCAUCAAGAGGAAGGGGGUAAAGCAGAAUGGAAGCAUUUGAUUUCUCCAUGUAAGCAAUUGUCACGGAUCCCCAAGACAAAACCACGUAAAUCAAGAAUUCUACGCAACAGAAGCAUAAUUGAAAAGGAGGGAAUGAUUCAGGUGACAAGGAUUUGGAAAGAACCAUAUGAUUUUAAAUUUGACAGCAAGUUUACGAAUGACAGUAAAGACAAAACUGUAACACGAGCGCUUCAUGGGAAAUGGAGCUUCAACAUUGAAGAUACGUAUGAGGAUGUCCAUCUUAUUUUUCACAUGUGGAUUGGUCUUUUUUAUAGUAAUCCAACGUCCAGGUUAUUUCACCUCGAAAACUGUACUGCAUUUGCAAAGGAGAAGAAUGUUGAAAUGGUUCAUUUGGACAUAAAUGCUAUUCAGAAUGCUGUUUCAUUGCUCAAUGUUGAUUUGAGCAAGAAAGCAGACUCGGCCAAACCUGUACAUGUUUCAUCAGAUGUUUUGGAUCUCUCUGUAAAAAAUGAUGAGCCUGUAAAUCUUCAUUCUGAUUUGCUCUCAAAUCAGAGCAAAAGAAAAGACACUGCAUCAGAACCUGGUGAUCUGUCAUCUCAUGAGCAUGAAAUGACACCAAGACAUUCACCUUCUGGGAAAAGUAUCUCCUCCAGUCCGAAAGUUACUGCAUUUAUGAAUUAUAGAACUGCUCUAGAUGUACCAGAAGAUAUUUCAGUGCCUGACAGUGAUGACAAUGGUGAUGAAAAUGAUGUCACCACUGAGUGCUCAUAUUCACAGCACUUGGAAAAAAACAGUGCAUACAACCAGUUGUGUGAAAAAGCAUUAAAUAUGAGAAUAGGUGUUCGGAUGCUUCAACCAAAGGUCAGAAAUCCUACUUAUAAUAAAGCAUCCACCAGCAUAGCCACUUCUGGUCCGCAAAAAAUAGGUGUUUUCCAUCAAAUACUUGGCCCCAUAAAACCAUCAGCAUUCUCAAAAAAACAGCGUCUGAUUUUGGGUAGGAAAAGUUUUGAUCUUGGUUUAAAGAAUGAAACUGGAAAUGUACCACAUGUAAUAAUCCAAAAGGAGAACGUGUCUGACAGUGCAGAGAGUCAAAAGAUUUUUGAAUCAAAGAAAGAAACAAACAAAGAUGGGUGCCCAGAAGCUCUGGUUAAUGAAAAUAUUGACAAGACUGUUGAACUUAAAACUCAAGCAUCUGUUUUGGUGGAAGAAGAGAGUGUAUCUGUAGCUGUGGAGAGUAAAAUUGUAUCGGAUGAAGACAGAUGUCUGAUGAUGAUGGAAGAAGAAAGUGAAAACAUGACUUUCGAGCAUAAAGAUACUGUUCAUGUAAAGGAAGAUCUUAAAACCAAUGUUAAAGAGCAUAAUGAGACUUCUCAUGCAACGGAAGAACCUAAACACGUACUAGAUGACACAAUUCUAGUUGACCAUGUUGAUGAGCUAAGUGAUAUUUCAUCAGAUGAGACGAGAGCUGAAGAGCUUAAUGAGACUUCUAAUGCAAAUGAAGAACUUAACCCUGUGCAUGAUUUGAAAGAUCACACAAAUGUGGAUGAUGAUCUGAAAUAUGCUUUAUCAGAAAAGACUAAUAUUGAGGAGUGUAAUGAGUUGCCAAAAAAUGCAAAAGAAGAGCGUGAUCUGAAAGAUAAAUCAAAUGUGGUUGAUGCAUCAUCCCAUGGAACUGAAGGUAACGACACUAAAGAGCCUGUGAAAGUAAAUGAAGAUUAUACAGGUGAGGAAAUAAUGCAAGAAAGUGAGAUCAUGUCAAAGGAAGAGGCAGAGCUGGUUGGCAGUGAUAAUGAACAUGAGACAUCCACAGCAAUGGAGGAAUAUCUAGAUGACUUUACUUUGGUUUUGGAGGAUGACAUAAACAGUGUUGAUAUGGAAUUCAGUGACGAGGAUUCUGAAACCAAGGUACAGAAGGAAAUUUAUGAACAAACCAGCUCCACUGAUAAACCUGCCUUCACCGAUGAUGACCAUGACAUGAAGAUGCAGAAUAGUGAAAAACAACCUCGGACACCAGAGGAGGCAAACCUUGCAGACAGUGCCCUUGGACAAUUUAGAAAAGAUUCAUGUCCAGGUGAUGACCAGCUCAUGACUAUUCAAGAGAAAAACACUCUAGCUGCUGAUAAUGAUAGCGCUGAUUUAUUGCAUGCUGAGGGUGAAACCAAGACUACUGAGCAGAGUAUAGUGGUACAACAAGAGGCUUUUGAUCUUUGCCAGAAUGAGUCAAAACCAACAAGUACUGUAGAACUCACAAAAAUAAAUAUUUGUCAUUUAGAAAAAUAUGACAAAAUAAAUUUCAGCCAGCAAGUUCCAUUUAAAGUCUCUGGUAAAGAUGUUAUAUAUUUUGAAGAGAAUGAAGCACAAAAUCAGUGUUCUUGUGAAGAUCAAAUGAUCGAAUCAAACCAAGAAUGUCUGUCUUUAAAAAUGUUUGCAUCACCCUCAAAUGCUCUAAUUGACCAACCCACAGAGAUGGAGGUAAACAGCAUGUGCUCAACUCCCACUCAAGAUGAAAUUCCAUGUUAUCCAAAGGUGAACAAAAGAUUCAGGAAAGAGGCUUUGAAUAGGGACUUGUACUACCCAGAUGACACUGAUCAUGCUGACAUGAUGCCACCUAAAAGUCCAGCAAGCCCUCAACCUCAUGUUUCUACCUCAAAGCCCUUAUCUGACUUUACAGGAUAUUAUAAAGAAAUCCACAGUGACGACGUAAGGAGGAGUAAGAAAAAAUAUACUGGCGUGAUGGAUUUUAAAGAUAAAUUUUCAAUAACUACUGAGCAUUCACCCAAUGAGGAAUCUUUUCCGUUAAAGCACAAACUCUAUCCCACCUACCUAAAAAAAGCAGACAUCAUAGAGGGUGCAUCUGAGAAAGAUUCUGCUCUCUAUUACAGAGACGAUUUACAUGGAUAUUACGACAUAUGUGAUGAAGGCAUGCCAUGGCAUGAUUACCAAACAGGGGAAUCCGUUAAUCACCAAUUUUAUUCAUGUGGAAAUGAAUCUGGUGGUGACAAUGAUUUACCCAUUUGUUCCAAGUACAUUACUUCUGAACGUGACUAUUCCUACAAGCACAAAAAGCAUGCCAAGAAAGAAAAGGAUGAGUACUGUUGGGCAGAAAAGAAUUAUAAAUCAGACACUCUGUCUUCCAAAUACCCAAUAAAGGUUACUUUUAAUGCAGACUAUGAAACAGAAGUAGCCCGAAAUCCAAAAAAGAAGUCUCGAAAAAGCAAAUUCCUAGGUGCCUUCUGUCAAAAUGCUGAGUGGGAUGAUGAAUCUUCUGACAGCAAUCAAAAAACAUCAUACAUUGAAACUUAUCAAACAAAGCCAACUAGGUCUUUCACAGUUAGUUCCACUUCACAUGUUAAACCAAACACACAAAAAUUUGACUGGCGCAGAUAUUUCAGAAGGGAGGUGACUUGCAGUCAACAAUUAGAUGCAAGUGAGAGGGAUAACAAAUUUGACAUUCCACCCUCAUCCAUUGUUACCGUUUUGGACAAGAAAGGAAACCGUGUUAUAUUUAACAACUCUCCCACCAUGAAGCCAUUUUUCGAUGGAAGUAAUUUGACUAAAGGACUUGAAGAGUCUUUUAAUGAAUGGCAGGAACAACAAAGUAAGGCUGAUGUGACUCGUUCUGCACUUGAUUGCGAGUACCUCAUCUUCUCUCAAAAAAUUAAUCGUGUUCUCAAAGAAACAAAGAGCUCUACCACAUCACACUGUAGGUCAAAUCCAGACCCAUGUCCUAUGACUGUUCGAUUUUCAAAUCUCAGUGAAAUAGAGAGUUCUGCUGAAUUUAGUAAAGCACAACCAUCACUUACUGACUUUAAGAUUAAAGUGGACAUGUCCGACAGGAAAGAGAUCAGGGAAACGGUGAGAAACCAUAAACUGCAUCUCCAAAGACUUUUCUGUGAAAAAGGCAGUGAUGUGGAGUUCUCUGGGAUAUCAGAAAUAACAGAACAGUGCGCUGUGGCAUACAAGUCCAUGAUGAACGAUGUCUGCAGCGGGAAGUCUCUGCCUUGUCCAACGGAGGAAAAAAAGAGGAAGAUUGAUCGAGAGAGGGUUGGCCCUUAUUCUGGAUUUUAUAGGCGCGUUAAGAAAGACGUCUUUGAAAGUCCGAAGUCUCUUGCGAGUCAAGCUAAGAUUAAAUACAGGUUUUAUAUUCUUGUCACAUCAACAGAUACCUUCUUUGAAGAAACCAAGAACCUUUUGGAGGUUGAAGGCCACAGACCGGUGAAGCCAGAUGACUUUGACCUCAAUGGUGACAAUCAGUCCCCUUUGCUCAUUAUACUGAGAAAUGAGGACAUUGCAGAGCACAUAUGUGAGGUGCCUUAUUUGCUGGAAUUAAAGAAGUCACCCAGCGUCCUGUUUGCUGGCAUCGACCGACCCGAUGAUGUAGUGAACUUCACUCACCAAGAGCUUUUUGCUAAAGGAGGCUUUAUAGUAUGUGAUGACAUGGCUCUCAACACACUUACUCUAGACGACUUGAAGAAAGUUGUUGGGAUCCUUGAGGAGUUAGACAAACAGGGCAAAUGGAAAUGGUUUCUGCACUACAGAGACAGUCGCAGACUUCGGGAAAACGCAAGGUCCAGUCCUGAAGCAAGUAAGAAACAGCAGUUUAUGGAUUGCUGUCAGAAAGCUGGCAUAGUCGAGGUCUUGCCCUAUCACGAUUGUGAUGUCAUGUCACGGGACCAACCGGACUAUCUCUUCUGUUUGACUCGACUUCAGAUCCAAAACGCCUCUGUUCGGUAUCCUGUGUUUAUUACAGACACACCAACUGAAUCUUACGGAACAAAUGGAAUUUUAACAAUGAACAUUUAUACAUUCUCACGGAUUCUUUCAAAUGAUACUUGUUCUGUGUCAUAAACUUGUGUUUUUGUUUCAUUCCGUUUUUUUUUUUAAUUAAAAAUCCAAUAUCUUACAAUUGGUAAGUACACCCUUGUUAAUAGAAAUAAUUUAUUGUUUAUCAUAAAUGUUAAAGCAUUUAUCUUUGUUACUCAUAUGUGAUUGCUUUCCACUGAGAGCUUUACGGUUUAUAUACAAUGAAUGUAGGUCAUGAAAAUGUUUUAGUAUGUUUUAACCUGACAUUGUUUUUUUUAUAGAUAAAAUUUGACUGAAACUCUAAUAAAUGAGGUGAUUUAA